AGAAGAAGAACCCAGUACAUAAAUAUAAUACCAAUUUAUAAUUAUAAUUCCGGCCUUCAAUAAAGUAUUGAUUGUGUGGUAUCUGAAAAUCGACUAUCUUUCAAAUCUUGUUCUUACCUCAUUUUUUUCAAAAAAAAAUUCGACCUUUUACACACUUGCUACAUCUUUUCCCGUAUACAGGAAUUCCAGCCACCAGAGCAUUCAAAGCAGUUCGCUAAAAUAUUUAGUAGGAAUAUGUAGAUUAUAUCGGGAAUUUAAAAUAUUGUUUGUAGUUGUGAUUGUGAUUUUGUAACAAUAGCAUAUUUUUUAAAUAAAAACAUGAAACCCUUCGUGGUCAUUCGAAAGCUAGAAGCCCAGGACAAUAUCCAGUGUCAGAAUGUGGUGAAGGAUUUUAUCAUGGCUGGAGCAUGGGAUGCAUUCGUUUCCUGUCUUUUUCGGGAGAUCACACUGCAGCUAAUAGUUCUCGUAUGGGCGAUAAUGUUUAUAUUUGUUGGCAUUCCGCUGCUGAUGUGUUGCGUGGCCAUACCGGUGGUGGUCGGAUUAAUUUUAUUUACCACUUACGGGAGCUACUUUAAUAAAGCCAACGACGUGGCCGUCAGAGGCGGUGCCGGGAACCAGCUGUGCUGGGUGGCUGAAGUAUAUGAACCAAUGGUUCACAACAAUCUGACGACAGGCUGCGGAAUCGAUAAAUUUUUCGAAGACUCGCCCGUUGGAGUGGACAACAAAGAGCUUAAUCGGAUGCGACGUAAGGUGAUUGGUACGAUAAGCUGCAAGAGCCACAUCUUGAUGAAGAACGCUGGUUGGAUUUUCCGUUUAGCCGUUUGUCCGAGAUAUCCUUUCGGCGAAAUAGCCGAACACUUGAUCAUACGCGUACUGGCUCAUGCGUACGAUAACCAACUAUUCACAAUCGAAACGGCCACAUCGGAGUGCGACGAGGGGAUCAGAGAAGUGUAUCUCAAGUUAGGAUUUACGCUGCGUCUUGUGUACCAUAAACAGAUCAUCGGCAAUACGCUGAAGGUUAUGAAAUCUCAACUGGGUAUUGACCCUUUCGAAUGGAACCAGAACAGAGAGCAAAUCAAGGUGGAAUUGCCGUCUUAAUCAUUCAUACUCGUAAAGGUAUACAUAUAAUCAAACAAGCUGACAAAUUUGCUUCCAUGUAGGUUAGAUGGUAUCUUGUGUGAAACGUUUGUUAGCGAAGAUUCAAAGCUCAUAUGUAAUUAGAUCUGCGAGGUUUAUACAUUAAAAAGUGUGCGUUUGAGUAUUCUCACGAAACAUACAAAUCCAGUAUAUGGAAUAUGUAUAUAUCUCUUUUAGUGUAUGGCCGUACUAAAGAAAAAUUUGCGGCCUGAAUCCAUGCGCGGGAACCACAUUCAUUAUUUCAACAAUUCAAUUCAAAUCAAUCAAGUCUAGAAUCAACGAACGGCUGAAAAUCAAAAUAUUCCACUAUACAAUCACUUACAAGACAGAAAAAAAAGUGCUCAAAAGGAAUCGAAAAGAAACGAAACUUACCAAAUCACGAGAUACAAGCUUAGAGCAAACAACAACUUUAACUCAGAAUAACGACAGGAACAAACCAAAACUAACCCACAAGCAAUUUUUGUUUAUCAAAUACUAUUUCGGCUGAAUUUUGGCCAAGUAUUCAAGUAAUAUUCAAAUAAACUGAAAAAACAAAAUAAAGUUUGAAAAUACUAAAAGUAUGCUUAGUUGCUAUUCAAAAUCCAUUAAGAUAUUUAAUAACAAAAAUAAAUUAAAUCGGAAACCCUAUACAGUUAGGCUAUACUUAUACGUACAAAAUAUCUAUACCUAAUCACAUCCAAGCAGCAUUAACUGAAUGCUAUCCUAGCGUAACGUAUCUGCCAACAACAAACACAAAUUUACAAAUUGAAGUUUUGGUGUCAGUGUUUAGGUAGUUCUUAUUUUCUCGUUCCCAUAUACAGGUUCGGAUAAUUCUGUUCAUACCAACAACAGAAAUGUACUUCGUUAGGAUUGUUUGAAAAAAAUAAAGAUUUU